AUGAAGCUCGUCAGGUGAGUUCUCAGUCCCCUUAGUUAUCCUUCUUCUACACCUGUUUUGAUGGACACCGAUGUAGCUCCUCAUUUCCCCACACAGGUUCUUGAUGAAGCUAUCCCAUGAAACGGUCACCAUCGAACUAAAGAAUGGCACUCAAGUUCAUGGGACAAUCGCGGGCGUCGACGUUGCGAUGAACACGCACUUACGGUCCGUAAAACUCACAAUGAAAAACGAAGAUCCUGUCAGCAUGGAUACUCUGACAGUUCGGGGGAAUAACAUCCGUUAUUUCAUUUUGCCCGACACCUUGCCUCUCGACACCCUUCUGAUUGAUGAAGGGCCGCCCAAGAAGCGCCCAAAGAAGGAUGCUGGUAAGCUGUAAAACACUCUUUCGUGCUCGCAACCGCGAUCUAGUAAAAUAGUUAACUUUCUCUUAAGUCAUUAUCUCAGCCAUUAGUCGUAUGCAUGUUCCUCCCAUUCCUUUGAGAUGGCCAUUGAGCUCGCCCAUCACAGCAUAUCACAUCGAUGCCAUCCGGGUUUAUUCUGACUAACUGAAGACCAUUUUUAAGGUGUUUUUAAUGUUCAACAAUCGUUUUGUUUAACCUACUCCACCCCAGAUGUUUGAUGUAAUGUGUUAAAUCAACACCAAGUGCAAGCAGUGCACACCCAGCGGUCCGGGAUUUGUAGCGGGUCAUUUGGUCUAGGCACAAAGGUUGCUUGUGUAGAGACUGCCUUUUUAGUAUCCGAAAAUGAAAGACUAGACCUUCUGAUGCGGUCAUCUGAUGCGUAAAGUAGCAGUCAGGGUACAUACUCGGCACGAACUGAUGCGUUUUUGACUUUUGUUUACAAACUUUAUCUCUAUUUGUAAUGUCGUUCCCCCUGUUAUUUUCGCCACUCCCCCUAAGGUGGUGUAAUGGGGACUCAGACAGUCUCCCGUUGUAUCACGCGUCACGUCUUUGCCAUAAACUUUGGAAUGCGCACCCUCCUCAUCGUGCAUACUAAGCCGAAGUGUCACGAUCCCAGCGCUCUUGUAGUCCUACUUGAUUAGCUUGGAACGCCACUCCCCCUGUAAAUGGCGACUUGUGGGAAGGUUGGGCUUUCCGAUUUGGACGCAAGCGUGUGUCGUGCCAAUUUAAGCAUGCAUGCACUGUCGUACGAUUCUUGACGGUCCUCUCUGGCGCUCACUUAUUUGCUAUGGUCAUCAUAGGACUGGCCUAACCAACAAAGAGCUUUUCCGAAUUGGAUACUUCCCAGUAGUUUAAAGUGUGCCAAGUGACUUGUGAGAAGUUCCAUUCCUCCCCCAAAACCGUCUACAGAUCAUUUCGCACAUGAGCAAUGAUUAUCCACAUUUCGUCACCUCCACCACUGUAGCUUGUUCGUAAUCAAACUUCCUCGUCCUUUGUAAGCUUUGUCGCCGUUGUCUGGAUUGUAUCUCCUCGUCCACUGACUUCUUUGCCUCCCUGACUAUAAGACUGCAUUUUGUACUGUUUUUUUUGCAAGCCAGACGUCACAUUGUAAAUUCAUUCUUUUAGCUACAACCCUAUCUACUCGUGGUCGCGGUCGUGGUGGCAUACGUGGCAGGGGACGUGGCGGUCCACGGGGCCGUGGCCGUGGUGGUCCACCCAUACGCCGAUAG